AGCACCGCCGCUGCGAGCUCUGGCUUUAUGAGGCUUUUUUCUUCCCUUUCUCUCUUUUGAGUAUGAUUUUCGUUUCCCAGCGCUCUGAGGUCGAUGCGGGGCUUUGUCCGAAAAGACACACAAACAAACAGGUACGCGCACGGUGCGGCGGCCGUCGCUUUCGUCAGUGAUGAGCCUCUGAUGAGUGUGGAGAGGACAGGAUGCCCGCCAGCGGCGCCGACUCACUGAAACCCAGCGCCUUCGUCCCGGUCUGCACGGCCGCCUGCCUCCUGGUCGGCUCUACCUCCCUUUUCUUCGUCUUCACAUGCCCGUGGCUGGCUGUGACCAUCUACCCUGCCGUGCCACCAUGCUGUGCCAUCCUCUUCCUUUUUGUGCUGGCCAACUUUACCAUGGCAACCUUUAUGGAUGCAGGGGUGCUCCCAAUGGCGAACGAGGACGAGGACAAGGAUGAUGAGUUCCGCGCUCCGCUGUAUAAGAACGUGGACGUGAAGGGCGUCCAAGUGCGGAUGAAAUGGUGUGCUUCGUGUCAUUUCUACAGACCUCCACGCUGCUCCCACUGCAGCGUCUGUGAUCGCUGUGUGGAGGACUUUGACCAUCACUGUCCCUGGGUGAACAACUGCAUCGGGAGGCGAAACUACCGCUACUUCUUUCUGUUUCUGUUGUCGCUGACAGUUCACAUGAUCUGUGUCUUCACCUUAGGCCUCAUAUAUGUCCUGCACCACGUGGACGAAUUAUGGAAGCUGCACUGCACUGUCACCUUGGUAGUGAUCAGUAUAUCGGGGCUGUUUCUUAUCCCGGUUCUUGGUCUCACUGGAUUCCACCUCUACCUGGUGUCCAGAGGACGCACCACCAAUGAACAAGUAACUGGGAAGUUUCAAGGAGGAGUAAAUCCUUUCACACGAGGUUGUUGUAAUAACCUGGAGUAUCUAGUUUGCAGUCCCAUCUCUCCAAAGUACACAGCGCGGCCCUGUAAGAAAACAGUGAUCCAUGUUCAGCCUCCUUUCCUGAGACCGGAGAUAAACAGGCCAAGGCCAGUAAAAGUCAGGGACAACGGGAUACAGAGUCAGGAUCUCCAGAAUAAACGAACCUCCACUAGAGCUGUUGAGCUGUCAGACAUGAAACAACUGAAAACUCCGCCACCAUUGCCACCAAAGCCAGACCACGGCCUGCUGAAAAGCCAACUAACUGCCAUGGAUGAGAUGGGACACCAUACCAAAUCCAUCAUUCCCGUUUCCAUUCCCACUGUGCCGCAACUACGGCCUGUCCUGGAAGCCAUAUCAAGAGGAUCGUCGCCCAUUCCUCCAGAGCAGUUGCUGAAGACAUCAGAGCAGCAAGGGAACAACAAAGGUCCUGACCUCUGCUUUGAGUCUAAAGAAAGCCCAGCGAGAGGCAGCCAGCAGGCCAGUCUGCCUGUACAGACCAACAGCAACUCCAGCUCGCUGCAGCUCAACUCUCUGACGCUCAACUCCCGCUCUCUCACCCUUAAGCACAGCAGUCGCCACAGCAGCAAAUCCCAAAUACCUGCCAUGCAUGGUGACGGUGUGGGAUCCAACCCCCCACCAGGCAUCACCUCUUCCAGCUUGCUGUCAAAUCACAGCAGCAGCCUCUCCUAUGAUAACCUCAUCAACCCUGCAGACCCUCAGUUCCUGGCUCAGAUAGGGGCUCAUCCAGUUGGCUAUCACCCUCACUUUAUAACUCUGAACACAGAUGGGACUGUGGUGCAGCGCCCCCCUCCUCACGCCUACAGUCCCGUGUUUAUGGGCGUCACCAGACAGUCUCCUCAGCCUCGAGACCCCUCACCUUCUUUGCAGGGCUUCACCUCAAGGGAUCACUCACCUUCCUUCCAAGGAUUCAUUCAAAGAGACCCUUCUUCGGCUUUUCAAGGGCUGAUGCCAAGAGAUCUUGCAUCCCAAAGUGGAACAUCACGUGACCUCACCCCUCCAGGUCUGGCGAUGCGAGACAUGACCUCUCAAAGUCUUCGAGACAGCCUUCGUGAUCUCGAUCCACAGGUCUCGACACCUCAGAAGUCUGUGGCCGCACGCUAUGACAACUUUUCAAAAACCAUCAUGGCAUCUAUCCACGAGAGGCGGGAGAUGGAGGAGAGGGAGAGGAUGCUGCGUCUCCAAGCCAGAUCCCAGGCUUACUAUGGUCCAGAUAUGGGGAUCUAUGACAUCCCCAGCAGGAGGAGUCUACCACCAGACAACAUCCGACCUCCGGGCUCCCGUGGACCAACUCCUCCUGCCUAUGGCUCCAGGGAGUUUCUGAUGAGUACUGGCAUCCUCGGUUAUGGCAUGAGGACCUCACCUCUCUCGAGCUCCUCCACGUCGUCUCUGACUCGAGGCCCGAAAAUGUCCAGCUCUCCUCUGCAGAGCAGCAGCAGUAGCAGCCUGCAAAGCAAGGGCAGGUCUUCCUCUCCGGCUUACUGCCUUCCUGACAGACAGACUCAACCCCUCCCUUCCUCUACAUCUACUCUGCCCCGUGUACCCUCCUCCUCCACCUCCACCACCCCUUCAUAUGCCUCCUAUGCCACCGCUAAACGUUCCUCGCUUACAUACUCCUCUGAGGGGAAGGACUCAGUCACCCUCAGAGCCCUUAAAUAAAAAAAAACAUACUUCAUGUUUCUGAUGGUGUGAAAGAAUCAUCUAUGCAGUGUUAGUCUCAGUCUUCACAGCUCCAAAAUACUUUGUAAAUAAGAGGCCAUUUGGGACUUGUGGGAGGUUGUGUGAGAAACAAAUACAGAGUGAGUAUAAACUUACAAGUAUUCUUGAAAAGUCACAUAAGUUUGACCAAAUUAAAAACAAAAUGGUGAAUCUCAGGAUAGUUGUGCCUCCUGUUACAAACAGAGCGAGCUCUUUAAACUCUUUUCAAAGCAGAAGGGCUAUGUGAAGAACACAGAUUUACUUCUUAUCUGUUUGUAUGUGUUUUGAUAUUGCUUUUUGUGAAACAAUGUAACACCACAUCAUCUAAUUUGUCUCCUGCUGCAAAAUACCCAAUUUAAUAGAAUUUUGUAGUUGUUUAUAUGAAUAAACGUAUUUUGUAAUUUUCA